UCUUGUGUGGGAGCAGUCCUUGGAUAUAUCCAGUAUUGGAGGCGAUAUCCAAAUCAGGAGCCAGUGGCACCCGGGAACCACGGCCUUUCCGGGCUGCCCCUUAGCUGGGGGAAGCGGUCCGAGCUGGUGCUGACCCCUCCGAAGGGGGGGUCCCACAGGAAAAGCGGAGUUUGUCCCUCAGAUCGAGUGUUUAUGGCUCGAUCCGCACCAGGAGCUUCCAAUGGCAGAGUCACGUUCUGGAUGUAGGAAAUAUGAAUGACUGGCAGAAGAAGAGCCCUCUAGACUGGGAAACAUAUGUGAACAAAUUGGUGAAGGUUGUUGCAAUUGAGAAACACGAAUAUGAAGGAUGGGUUUUAACAGUCGAUCCGGUUUCUGCCAGCAUUGUCCUUGCAGCAUUCCUGGAGAAUGAAAAGGUGUCCAUUUCGGUUGUCAUGGGCCAUGCUGUCCAAGAGGUCGAAAUACUGAAAGAAGGGGACAGUGAAAUGAAGCAACGCCUUUCUCGCAUAUUCGCGCCCAAAGAAAGCAAAGCCUACAGCCCAGAGGAACUGGAGAAGAGGAAGAAUGACUUGAAGACGUGGCUGGAAACAAACCACAUCCCUGUGACAGAGCAAGGGGAGUUGGGCAGGACACUGUGUGUGGCAGGGGUGUUAAUGAUUGACCCCCCGUAUGGCCCCGAGCAGUGCAGCAGCUCCAACGAGAUCAUCCUGUCCCGGGUUCAAGGUUUGGUACAGGGUUAUCUGGAGAAACAACAGUGAUGUCUGCUGCUUAAAGCAUUUGUCUUUAGGGAAGGGUCUACCUGCCCUGUUUUAGGAACCGCGCUGGGUAUCAGUAUUCACUGUUUGCAAAAAUGCUGGGUUUAGAUACUUUUGUCUGAUUUUUUUUGUAUGUAAAGAAGGGGAUAAAACAAGCGGUAUAAACCAAAAGCACAAACAUUUUUCAUGCAGUAUUUUUUAUUAAAAGCGAGCCAUUAGGUAAUGAUGCUGUAUUAAACUGAUUUAUCACUUAAUAUAUCAGUUUAGUAUUUUUGUAACAGUAUUGUGAAAGGUGAUAUACAAGAAAUUUAAGCUGUGUUUUCCUCUGCCUUUAAAAUUAGUUUGAUUAAUUAUCUAGUGGUGUAGGUAUGUUUAUUUGAACUGCUUACCAGAUUAUUUUUUUCUUUUUUUUUUUAGAAAGAGAAUUGUGACACUUGGACUUCCAAACCAGAUUUAAAACAGUUAGUUCAGAAAGCUGUUUUAUUUUGUUUUCUUUUGUUGUUGUAGUUGGUUAAUUGUUGUUUGUUUUCCUCACAACUGUUAUCCUGGUUUAGAACAUGAAUUAUGAUGUUGCCCAAAUUUGUAAAAUUAUUAGGGAAGGUUAGCAGGCAAAUUGCAAGUUUUAAAACCACUUAAAAGCAUUCCCUAUCUAUAUUUGUUAUUUUAGAGCAGCAGCGAUUGGAAGAUCAGUGUUCUGUAAAACGAGAAUGUCUUGCAAUUCAGUUUGUGGUUUCUUUUGCUUUUUUUCUAGUUUAUGACAACACACAAUGCAGGAAUCAUUGUGUGAUUAUUCCUGAGAUUAUUAAUCCAGUGAGGAGCCUUCAGAGCCCUCAUUUAUCUCAGAGUGUAUUUGUUUUGCCUUAUUAGGAGCCAGCACCAAAACACAUUGCUGUGCUCACAUGCAGCUGAAAAGUCUGUCUGACCCUCAUUAAUAAAAGGCUCUCCUCAUUCCUGCUGGGAUUUAUCUAAAAU